AGAAAACCGGCCCAACGCCACAACUAAAUAAAGUGAAAUCGACGAUACACACAAAAAGCGAGACCGAGACGGCGGAAGAAACCCUAAAUCCCUAUCCGAUUCGAUCUCUGAAGACAUGGAUAGCAAUUUCUCAGGGGCGAUUGCAAAAUUGAGAGGAGCGUCGGACGAUGAGAUCUCGAUGGGGCAGCCCAAUAGCUCCGAGGCCAAAACAAAGGUCUCACCGAUCACCGAUCAUACUGAUUUGGUCCUGGAGGAGCCAGAUCGCCUAGGGAAAAAACCCGGCAAGGACAUUGCACACCCCGCAAAACCAGACAUCAGUGCUGCUGCAGCCAGUCUCAACCCUAAAUUAGCCGCCCUUUCUCUGGGAAACAAAGGGAAACGGUUGUGCUCUGGACCAAAAGGUCGUAUUUCUCGAAGGCGCAAUCGAAAAGAUAAGGGAGCGUCCAUUGGUCUAGGCAUCAAGUCCAAAGAACCAAAGGCUACUGGAGUGUCAGACAAAAACAAUAAAAAAGUGGCUGCAGUUGCUUCUUCUACUUCUGUCGUCACCGAAAGAGGAGGAUGUCAGAUCUGCGGUCAUGAUCACCAGCACAUUCGUUGCCCAUACUUGGAGUUGGUUCCACCUGGCGGAACUGUUGGCCCUGACUAUCUAGUAGUAUGUGGCGAAUGUGGUUAUGAGUUAAAGCAGCCUAUUCCGGCUUGUUGUUGGUCGUGCGGUUAUUGGGGAGGACGUGUGGUGGGGGUGUCUACCUUUGAUUAUAGAUUUCGUUACUACCUAGAUGAAUUUUAUAUAGAAGAACCAGUUACGGCAGAGUACAUGGACCCAGACAAGUACCCAGAACAAAAACCUGAAGAACCAGUUACGGCAGAGUACAUGGACCCAGACAAGUACACACAACAAAAACCUGUAAUGGCACAGUCCUCCUCAUUGUAAGUUAUUUGUGCAAGUAAAUUUGCUUCACUAGUGAUAUGACUCAUGACAAGUUAUUUAUGCGGGCAUGUAAUUAAGUUUCACCAGUGGGAGGAUGCCAAGAGAACAUGGCCUCUGUUUUAGUUGAGCUUUUAACGAUGUGUUGGUUGCUCUGGUUAAAGAUAUUGGCUCCAGAAGGGGAUUUGGUUGCAGUAACUUAAACACUACUUGAUGGAUGGACCCUUCAUGUAGUUUUUAUUUUUUACUCUUUCUAUAAUGGUUGCAGGAUUUCAUUUUUUGCC